GUCCCGCACGGUGUAUGAUUACGAGAGGGCUUUGGGAAUUCCCCAGGAAAACACCUACGCAGCCACACGGCCUUUUCUGGACAAACUGGCCAACAGCAAGCUGCUCAGAAGGUGAGCAAUUUGUAGUUUUAUAAUGCUCCGGAAAUGGAGGGAAUCUGAGGCUUGGACGACAGCGCUUGUCGCUGUUGUUUGGGAAUUUGUCCAGAAAGAGCUCAUCUUGUUCCCCUAAAAACAUCAACAACCGUCAGACGGAAUCCAUCUGGCUAGAAGCGAAAACGGCGCAACAUAUUUGUCAGUUUGUCAGGAAAGGCAGUUUCUCUUGUUACAGCUGACAUAAUUUAAACGGCGCAUUCAUAUAUAAAUGGAGGGGACGCAAGAUAUUCACGGUGAAUCCCGGAGACAGAAUGCACGGCCUGAAACGAGCUACGCUGUGGAGAAAAGGGGGGCCGUGGACUCUGUCCCGGAGGACUGGUGUGACAGCGGGCUAGACUCCUUAAGCGGGGUCGGACUCGGUUUUGAGGUUCCCUACAGCACGUACACCGAGGCCGAGCAGAUAUGGACACCUGGUCGGUCUGACGUCCCUCCGUCGGACGAGUCCGACAACAGGAGUACCAUGGAUUGUGUGUCGAUUGGCGGCGGAGAGAGGCUCGACUCUGCCAUAGGGGACUCGAUUAAUGAGGAUGCGGUGGUGGGGUGCAUCUCCGACGGGAUCGGCACCAUGAUGCUGGGCGAGCCUGCAGGUAACGUUACAGACAGACUGGCGGUUUCAAACACUGAGGAGGAUCGGCAGCGAAGGGAAGAGCUCUUCAACACGCUCAACUUUCUGUCAGAGGACGGUGAUACGGUACUUCAUUUGGCGCUAAUUCAUGAGCAGUGGGGUGUUGUUCAGUGCCUGCUUGAAGAAAUUGUGGUGGACAACACCUGGAUUCCUUACCUGGACAUCCAAAAUGACCUGGGUCAGACCGCUCUACAUUUAGCAGUCAUCGUAGACCGGAGUGAGUGUGUUCGGGCACUGUUGUGGAGUGGAGCCAGUGCGGAGAUCCAAGAGAGGGGUGGAAACACACCUUUACACCUGGCUGUCCGAGAGCUUCGCACAGAGUGUGUGAGAGAGCUGACCAGCUGCUCACGGACCCCACCAGUGCACCUGAACACCACCAAUUAUGCAGGUGUGAGUGCACUGCACCUGGCUGUACAUAGGAGCAAUUGUGAGAUCAUCAAAAUGCUGUUGGAGGCAGGAGCAGAUGUAAAUCAACGGGAUUUGGGGUCAGGGCGGUCUCCAUUGCACUGGGCGGUGGAAAGUCAGAGGUCAGAGGUAGUGGAGUUAUUAUUGAGAGCUGGUGCAUUGGUGAAUCAGUGCUCAUAUGCAGGCCACACCCCAUUCUACUGUGCCCUUUACCGACCCAACAAAGAGGUGCAGGCCCUACUUAAUGCCCAUGGGGCCACAUACACACAGGACGAUGAAGAAGAGGAGUACCGAGAGAGUGAGGAGGAGGAGUUUGAUGAUGUCAUCAUAAAUGGACAGCGAGUGCUGUAGCUGCAAAACAUGGACACUACUCUGCCAUUAGACCCUUUGAACUCAAGCUAAACGACUGUGGUGUCUGAUUGUAUUUGGUCGAGGCUGUUGUGUGUGUCUGCUUGUGUUUCUGUUUUAAGGUACAGUAUGAUGAUUAUGGUUCAGGCUGAUAGGAGUGCAUAGCUAGAUUCUGUUACUCGUGGAUGAUCUAAGUGAUUUAAGCCUGACAUCACGCAAAGCCUUUUAAAGCUAUAACAAUGGAGGCAGCUUUUAAUUUAGUAAAAACUCUCAUUGGCUCAUCUCAUUUAUGUUAUAAUAUAGGGAUAGCUCACCUAAAGAUGAAUAUGCUGUCUUACCCUAAUGGUGGUUCAAGACUGUAUGACUUUUUCUUCUGAGGAAUAAGAAAAUGUCUUAAAAAUUGUGAAAAAAUGUGUUUUAUGUGCACACAUUAAAAUUAGUGGAGUCCAGUGUUGUUUAGGCAACAUGUUCUAUAUCAUACCUUCAGGUAAAAUGUCUUCCACAGAAGAAACAAAGUCGUUUAGUUUUGGAAUGACAUAAGGGUGAGUUAAUGAUUUUAAUUUUGGGUGAAUUAUCUCUUUAAGAACCAAAUUCCCUGGAAUAUACCGAACAAUGUACAUUGCGAAAUCCACUAGUGAGUAGAUUCAUUAUUUCCACAAUAGUGGCUUUCUUUCUAUUUUUAAAAUUAAAUUAUUAGGCAGAUUUAGCUGAAGAAAUCUUGAAGAGAAGUUGAAUGGUUUUUAAUAAAUUUGUUUACUUAAUAUUACUGCUACACGCCAACUAUUGGCUGUUUAUUGAGUGGAGCGUCACCGGUUUCAUGGUGACCUCAGUUUUUUUUUUUACAGUAGAUGUUUUUCUUUUCCUGUAAUGGGUCUUGGGGUGAAUAUGAUAAACAGGUGGAUGUACAGUCAGUCAGACAGAGAGUUAAAAAAAAAAGUGUUUAAAGUGCUGAAUUGAUGAAAUUACAGACAGCACAGAAUACUACAAUACAAAUGGAAACUCAAACCUUUGAAUUGGAUACAAAGAAAUAUAAUUAGAGGUCAAUUUUUGAUUUAGGGACACUCAUACUUCAGACUGCUUAUGGUCACACCACUAUAUUAUUGGAACUAUGAGGCAUCUAACAAACAUUUUAAAUAUUAUACAAAACAUGACAACACAACACUUUUUUUUUUUGUCUUAAAACAUUUUUUAAAAAUAUUUAAAACAUAAUCCAAUAUAAAAUUGUAAACCGAUCUGAUUUAACUGGUUCUGUCUGACAUUUUUGUUUUGAAUUGUUAUGAAAGUGGAGAUUGAUUUCUAUUCACUUAUGUGUGGGCAUUAUGGUUGUGGACAUUUACAAUCACUUAUUUAUAAGCCCAUUUCAAAUUUUCUGUUUGGUGGGGUGAAGGAGAAUAUUUUUCGGUGAUGAUGAUGAUUGGUUCCCUCUGUUGUAAUAUAGAGACUCCUUUGGAAGUCAGGGCUCCUGAUCUACUUGUACUUGUCCUCUGUGAGUUGACUGUGUAUUGUUGAGCAGAGUAAGAUUGUCCUGUUUUAAAUGACAAGGUUAAUGGUUAUUCAUCCAUUGAGAAUAUAUCUUUGGUUUGACCUUAUGCUUAAAGAAAUGAAACCACGGUAACAGCUUGGGGGGAGAUGUAAGACAAGAAAGAGAGAGGAAGGAGCAACAUUUAGGGAUUAAUGAAACAAGUGUAGCCAUGUCUUAAAAGUUAAGUGGUACAGUUAUUUGUAGGGGAAGCUGGAUUUGCAUUUGAACGUUUCUAAUCCAUGUAAAAUGAAACAGAGUGACAGAUCGCUCCUCUCAUCUUUACAUAUUUCUGUUUACUUGGUGAUGGGUGAAAUGACUGAAAAGCUCUUAGAAACCAUUCAAAUGAACAAUAAACUAUAAUGACAAAAA